CUCGCAAUGGACAAAACAUUGAGAGGAACCUCUGCAAUCUCUCGAAAUUGGUAUCACAUAACUUGGCUAUCAGAGUAACUACCCCGUCUGAGCGGGCCCUGAGUGACCAUCCUCCUUGUCGCACAGUCUACCUGAAUAUCCUGCACCAGUUGAUCUUGCGUUGUUGACAAUGGAGGCACGGGUAGGUAUAACGAAUUUUAGGGUUGGAUGUUUCAUUACGCUCAGAUUCUAGCUAGUUAUGCAGCUUAGAUUUUACUUUCAUGUUUGGAACUGGUGAUGGAGGCUCGCACGACUCGCAGUUGUUUACGUUCAUAGUCAGUAGUGGUGACCGCCGUUCAAACACGGUAUGAAACCUCCAGAAAUGUUUCCCAAGAGAAUGCCGAGUCGGGCGUUGGUGGCGCGAAUGGCGGCGGCGGUGGCGGUGUGGAUGGCGUGCGCGGGCGUGUUGGCGGGGCUGGUGGCGUGGAGGGUGCAGAAGGGCUUCGACGACAAUCGCAAGGCGGAGCUCGACGCCUGGUGCGCCGGUCGCGCGCGCUCGCUGCAGCAGCAGUUUAUGCUGACCGCCGACCACGUGCAGGUGCUGGCGGGUCUGGCCACGGUGUUUGGCGGCGUGCGGAGGAACCCCUGGGCGGUGGGCAGCUGCAUGACGCAGAGGCGCUUUGUGCACUUCGUGGAGCGCACCAUCGCCGCGCAGCCCUGGGUGCACGCCGUGGGCUACAUGGCCGUCAUCAACGGCUCCGACAGGGCGGCCUUUGAGCGCCAGGCGCACUGCCACCUCUUGGACUUGCUGGGAAAGCCGGCCCCGGUGGCGGACUGGUACAUGAACUCGCGUGUGUGGUUCCAGGAGAACUCGCCGCUGCCGCUGCUGGAGAUGACGUCGACCUGUGUCAACGUGCGCACGCACCCCUCGUACGGUCCGCAGCUCACCCGCAUGCACGACAUGCCGAUCAAGCAGCUCAGCAUGCCCUACGUGCUCGACAACGGCGAGGCGGGCAUGGGCAUGGGGUUUCCGAUCUUUAGGGCCGGCAUAAACAUAUCAUCCCCCCUGGCGGAGCGGCGGGCGGCGUUCAUCGGGCAGAUUGCGGCGUCCAUCGACUUCAAGAGCCUCGCCGCGUUCAUCAUCAACGAGGUCCUUCGGCAAGGUGUGGAGUAUGCCCUCGAGGUCUAUGACGUCACCUCCACCGACAUCAUCCCCUUCCCCAUCCCUGCCAACUCCCCGCCACCCGGCCCUCGCCUGCUGUACGGAGUGGGCGAUUUGCCUCAAGGGAACCCCUAUGAGGUGUCAAAGCUCAUUCCGCCUUCCAAUGAAACCAUGCUGCAGCCACACCGCUACAAGUCCGUGCAGCAGAUCAACCUCACCGACUCUUCGCGAUCCUACGAGCUCUGGUGCCGCUUCGGCGGCUCGGACACGGCGCACAGCUGGACGGCCAUUCUGCUGGCCACCGUCAUAGUGGUGGUGGCGGCGCUGCUGGCCGCCAUCGGUGUGAGCGUGGCGUGCAACACACGGGCCGUGCGGGAGAAGACGGCGGCGCUGGAGAUGCUCAAGGAGAAGACGCAGGAGGCUGAGAGGAACAAGAGUGCCUUCAUUGCCAACACAGCUCAUGAGCUCCGCACGCCGAUCAUCGGCGUCAGGGGCAUGUUGGAGGAGCUGGCGGAGGGCCAGGUGGACGAGGGGCAGCGGGAGGACGUGGGCACGGCGGUGGGCGAGGUGGAGCGCAUCCUGGCGCUCAUCAACGUCGUGCUCGACGUCUCCAAGGCCGAGGCCGGCCGCCUGCAUUUGGAGUCCCUGCCCUUCCACCUGCGCUCCUGGCUGCGCGAGGCGCUGCACACCCAUGCACACGCUGCGCAGGCUCGACACCUGAACUUCGCUUGCCGCGUGGAUGCGGGUGUGCCGGAGGUGCUGGUGGGGGACUACCUGCGCCUGCAGCAAGUGGUGGACAGCAUCGUUGACAACGCCAUCAAGUUCACGUCCAGUGGAGGGGUGUGUGUGCAGCUGCAGUGCCUCCCCGCCACCACCGACAUCCCCACUCACCUUCGAUCACUCGGCUGCCACGUGGCUCAACACACCCCAGCUGCUGCCAACGCUGCCGCCGCUGCCACCAGAGCUGCUGCGCGUGGCAAUGAGGGGGGGGGCGCAGCGAGGGUGCCGUUCAUGGAGCAGGUGGAGCAGCACGGGCUGGCAGCGGCCGUCAUGGGCGUGUGGGCGCCGCAGGUGCUGCGGGAGCGCCUGACCUCGUUCAAUGCUGGGCUCUUCUCAAGCCCGUGGCACACAGCCGUGGGGGAAGAUGGGGCAAAUGCAGAGCCUGGGCGCAGUGGAGGGCUCGGAGGUGAGGCCCGGGGAAGAGGUGAAGGGGGGAAUGCAGCAGUGCGGGCAGGGGGUUCUGGGGGCACGGCAGGUGAGGCACAUGGACUGUUGGCGUUGGAGAAGAGUGGAGAGGGGAAGAAGGAAGGAGGGCGCAACCUUGGCUUGAGAGAGGUUGGGGAGGAGGGAGCCUUAUUGAGGGAGGCAGAUGAGGGGGAGGGGGAUGGGCCAUGUGUUGGUCCAUGUGGAGGAGGUGCAUCUGGGGGAGGUGACACGUGUGAGGCAGGGAGGGCAGUAGCAGCAGCAGCAACAGCACGGGGUGGCAGCAAGGGCGCAUGGAUGGAUGCAGAGAGGAGGUGGUGGGGGGGGGCUCCCAUGGAAGGGGGGGGUGAGUCUGAGGGGGAUGCUGACAGGCGCUUGGUGCUGCUGCUGACAUGUGAGGACACGGGGUGUGGGAUUGCGGAGGCGGAGCAAGCUGAUGUCUUUCACGCGUUCAUGCAGCCACACCAGAAGAGGCAUGCGCAUGGCGGUAGUGGCAUGAGCCUUCACUUGUCGCGACAGCUGGUGUCCCUUUUGGGUGGCAGCAUUGGUCUGCUCAGCACGGAGGGCCAUGGCACCACUCUGCACGUGGCUCUGCCCUUUGCUGCUGCUGCGCCUUCUCAAAUUCCUGCUGCUGCUGAUUCUGCUGCUGGUGAUUCUUCUGCUCACACUGCUGCUGCGGCUUAUUCUGCUACCUCUGCUGGUUGUGAUGCUGGCGGAGACAGUGGGCCCCAUCCCAGCAGAAGCCAGAGUGCGAGAGAGGGAUGUGGAGGGGGAGAAAGCACAAGUGGGGUGGAGCGGGGGGUUGAGAAGGUGGAGAGUACCAAGGAGACACUCAAGAAAAUGCUCCACGGCAUGGCGAUCCUGGUGGUGGACGACAAUGUGAUAAACCGGCGGGUGGCAGCGAGCACGCUGGGGCGAUACGGUGCUGACGUCACACUGGCAGAGUCAGGCGAGGCGGCUCUGCUGCUGCUGCAGCCGCCGCACUCCUUCCGCCUCGUGCUCAUGGACCUCCACAUGCCCCUCAUGAACGGCUACCAGGCCACGGCCCAGCUGCGCGCCAUGGAGGGGGGCGCGGGGCGCAUGGAGAGCAUCUCAGAGCUGCUGGAGGGGGGUGCUGAGGGCCUAGAUGGUGGCCCACAACGGCAGCAGCGCACGCAUGUGGUGGCCAUGUCAGCAGAUGUCGACAGCACCGUUGCUGCCCGUGCAAUCGAGGCCGGCAUGGAUGGGGCGGUGCAGAAGCCACUCAAUGAGAAAGUGCUGCUCAAGGUUCUUUCAACCCUGUUCGUGAAGAGACGGAGGUACAGAACUUACUCGAUGUGAGAUUGACAUGUUUCCAGCAGAGAGAAAUUUGUUGCGAGCGUGGUUUGCUUCAAGCGUCUUAUGUGUUUAUGAAUGGAUGGUGGCACAACGAUGAGUUGUGUGUAUCGUGCUCUACAGGAUAUACGCCUGGCUCGUUUUUUUUCGCCCGCACGGCGUUUAUCGGGGUAUAGGGCCGACACUCAAAUGACAACACAUGUAUGGUGAUACCGUAAGAAAUUUUUGAGGAUUGU